AUGGAAGAUGGAUCGUACACCGGUGAAGAGCGAAUCUUUUUUGCUGGAGAGCACACAAGUGGACGGUAUCCGGCGUCUGUCCAGGGUGCAUGGCUUAGUGGAAUCCGUGAAGCAGCAAGAAUUGCUGAUUUAUUCCUUGGAUGUCCUUUCUCAGCAUCCAACGUCGUAGAUCCUGAAUGUGUUCUGCUCGACAGCGAUGACGAAGAUACCGAGGAAGUGACAGCUUGUGACACUGAAAAUGCUGAAGCUGAACAUGCGGCCGAUGGAGAGACAAAAGAAAACGGAGUCAGCCACGAGGAGUUCCCUGCCACUACCGAUCACAACGGUGAAGCCCCAAAUAAGCGACCAAGAACUGAUAUGUAG